AUGAAGAUCAUGCCGCUCAUUUAAAGGAUUAAAGAGAUUUAAAGGAAUUAAUUGAAUUUUUUAUAAAUGUUUAAAAAGAAAGUGAAUGCUUGAUUACAGAAUUAAAUACUAUAGUUUGCAAUAUAUAUGAACUAUUUAAUUAAUUAAUAUAAGGAUUAAAAAAGAAAUAUCAAUAAUCUAAGGAAAAUUUGUUAUAAUUGAACGCAAAACAAUUGAAUUAAGUAUUAGAUUGGGCAAUCAAUUAUGAUGAAAAUAAAAUAAGUUUAUUAGAAGAUUUAAAGAAAUCUUCAGAUGAUAUAAUUGAAUUAUUAAACAUAAAGAUUACAGAAUUAGAACUAGAAGAAUUAAAUAAAUUAGAAUAAGAAAAAGAGCAAGAAUUAUAUUAUAAAAGUAAUAAAAUUGUUAAUUUAGGAAUCAUAUUUUAUGAUGAUAGGAAAUAGCAAGAAGUAAUUACAUAAUUAGAUUUUACAUUAUUUAAUGAUCCUAUAAAUCUCAAUGAAAUAUUUCCAAAUCGUAUACAAAUCAUAUUCAAAUUUAUUAGCUUAUUCUUUAAGAAUGUUUGGAAAUUAGGAUAAUGCAAAUAUAUGGGCUGAUCAAGUUUUAUCUAUAGAUUCAAACCAUGUCAAUUCAUUAUUUAUAAAAGGUAAUCAAAAUUCAAAUGUAUUAGCUGAAUCUUUAAGAAUGCUUGAGAAUUAUAAUGAUUCAAUUAUAUGGGCUGAUAAAGCUUUAUCUAUAGAUUCAAAGCAUGUCAAUUCAUUAUUUACAAAAGGUAAUUUAAAUUUCCAAAUAUAGGUAAUUCAUUAAGAAAGUUGAAUAAAUAUUAUGAAGCUCUUAAGUUUUUAGAUUAAGUAUUAAUUAUUAAUCCAAAUAAUCAUACAGCUUUAUAUAGCAAAGGUUUAUUAUAUUAUAAAUUAUAUAGGAGCAUAACUGCUAUUAUUCAGAUUGUCAUUAAUAAAGAGAGAGUGCAAUAUUGUCAACUGA